AUGGCUCUAAAUAUACCAGGCUUAAUAUCUUUGAGUGUGUUUUUUACAUUAACUUUAGCUACCGGAAUUUGGGCUUCUUGGAAAAGCAAGAAGGACCAGCAGAACAGAAACCCAACUGAAAUGGCCAUAGUUGGAGGCAGGAAUAUAAAUGUUUUCAUUGGAUUGUUUACUGCAACAGCCACCUGGGUUGGAGGAGCAUAUAUCAAUGGCACAGCUGAAAUUGUCUACCUGCCUUCAAAAGGACUACUGUGGGUCCAGGCACCUGUGGGAUUUGCCUUGUCCCUUGUUAUUGGUGGUUUCUUCUUUGUAAAUCCAAUGAGAUCCAAGAAUUAUGUGACAGUGAUGGAUCCGCUUCAAGAAACGUUUGGGAAUGUGAUGGGAAGCUUACUCUUCAUUCCACCGCUGCUAGGAGAGGUGUUCUGGUUUGCAGCCAUCCUGGCAUCCCUGGGAGCAACAAUGAGAGUCAUCUUGGAUAUUGGAGGCACUUUGGCUAUCAUCAUCUCAGCAUGCACUGUCAUACUCUACACUCUACUGGGAGGCCUCUACUCUGUGGCAUACACAGAUAUCAUCCAGCUGGUUUUCAUUACCCUCAGCCUGUGGGUCUGUAUCCCCUUCGCCCUGGUGAAUUCUGCAACUGAAAGUAUUUAUUACACUGCAACUCAUCGAUCAUACCAAGACCCUUGGAUUGGAAAGAUAGAAAACCAGUAUCUUGGAAGGUGGCUGGAUGACUUCUUCUACCUGGUGCUUGGCAGCAUCCCGUGGCAAACCUACUUCCAAAGAGUGCUCUCCACUGCCUCGCCGGGACAGGCAAGGCUCAUCUCCUACCUCUCUGGACUUGGGUGCUUUUUAAUGGCCAUCCCCUCUGUGCUCAUUGGUGCAGUUGCAACAUCAACAGACUGGAACCAGACAAGCUAUGGUCUUCCAAGCCCUUUUGAGAGAGGGGAAUCGGCUAUGAUACUGCCACUUGUUCUACGCUACCUCUGCCCAGCAUACAUCUCCAUUGCUGGUCUGGGAGCCAUCGCUGCUGCCGCAAUGUCUUCUGCGGACUCAGCUCUUCUCUCUGCCAGUUCCAUGUUCGCUCACAAUAUCUACCGGAAAAUCCUGAGGAAAAAGGCUACAGAGACAGAGGUCUUAUGGGCCAUGAGGACCUCCAUGCUGGUGUUUGGGGCAGGGGCUGCCGGUCUGGCUUUUUACUCCAGCUCUGUCUAUGACCUCUGGUUCCUCAGCGGGGAGCUGGUGUACGCCCUGCUCUUCCCCCAGCUCUGCUGUGCCCUCUUUGCUCCGAGCACCAACACCUACGGCUCAGCUGCCGGCUUCUUGGUUGGGCUCGUCCUGAGGCUGCUGGCAGGGGGGCCUGCCCCCAGCAUCCCCCCCAUCAUCUGCUACCCAGCCUGUUCCCUGGGGAACGGGACCUACAGUCAGCUUUUCCCCUUUAAAACAUUCACAGUGCUUCUCACCUUGGGGACAAUCGUUGCUGUUUCGUACCUGGCUGCGCUUUUGUUUCAGAGAAACCUCCUUCCCCGCAAGUGGGAUGUCUGCAAUAUCACGAGGGGAACCAGCACCCUCAUCUCACUGCAGCAGAUGGACAAACAGAUGGGUUCGCCAACAGUGCCACUAGAAGAGAAUCGUGAUUAA